UCUGACUUCCUUGUGCGAUCUCUCACUUCCCGAACAACAGCAGGGGGGGCGUUUGAAUGACCUUGCCAGGAAAUGUGUUAAGAAGCACUGUCCGAUUGCGGAGUGGAGUGACAACUUGGCUCAGAAAAUGAGCCCCGUCGGAGGAGACGCGCAGGAGUUUAAUGAAUCUGACCUGUUAAGAUCCCGCAGGCGAGAACUAUGGCGACCAGAGGCUGGACCUGCUUCCUAACUGGACUCCUGUCUCUGGCAUGGGCUGCGGAUCACGUGCCUCAUUCAGACCACCAGGGGGAAGCAGACACCUACCACGUGAGUGCCGGUCACUUGUUUCUGCUGAGUUGCCAGUUUGCUGACGCUCAUUCCGAGAUAAAGUGGAGCAGAGGCGACAGGGGGAGCCUCCCCGCUGGGGUGGAAGUCAGAAAUGGGUCGCUGUGGUUUCUACCCGUGCGGAUGACUCACAGUGGAAGCUACAUCUGUGAAAAAAGGAAUAAAAUGAAACCAUCAAAAAGACGAUUUAAAGUUUUAGUGUCCGGGUCAAGCUGUCCUGAUCCAAGUGAAGAGAUUUUGGCUACAAAGGAAACAAGUGAAGGUCUUCAGUGCAAACAGAACGAGAUCUUCAGACUGAAUCUCCCAAGGAAAAUACGAUGGACGAAGGACUGUCUUCAGGUGCGGCCGGAUGGAGAGCCCGUCCAUCCGAACACAAAUGGCUUCCUGAGGCUGGCGGACGUUUCGGAGGCAGACGCAGGAAAAUACACGUGCCACGUAGACGUCACUGUAGACGGGCGGAAUUACACCGCAGCACGCAGCGUCCAGAUGACUGUCAAAAAUGGCACUUCGGAGCUCUUUCCAGAGAUUCACGUUGUGAGGCCCAAAAACGAGGUGGUCAUAGUUGAAGUGGGUAAGAGAGCAGAGCUGCACUGUAAGGCCUACACCGGCUUCAGUGAGGACGAAGAGAUCGUCAUGUACUGGACCAUCAACAGGACAUACGCUAGCGACAUCACUGGGCUUGCCGAGUCCUGGAAAUUUAUCCACGAAAGAGGCAAAGUAUUUGGUCAGUCCAAUCUGUCCAUCGCUACAGUUCAAAAGGAGUUCCUGAACGUCCCCAUCCAUUGCCACAUCUCAAGCCCGGUGGAAGCGAAGGUCGGGGAGGCCCGGCUCCAAGAAGCUGACCCAACUGAACACAACACGUUCUACACCAUCGUGUCUCUCUGGCUCUCUGCCCUCUUUGCCAUCCUGAUCUUGACGGCCUUCUUCCUCAUCUGUAAAGUCAACCUCUUCUUAGCAUACAGGGCACUGAAGACGGUGUUUUCUAAACAAGUUCCAGAUGGGAAACUUUACGACGCCUACGUGAGCGUCGGUCAGUCGGCCAUGCUGAGUUUGGACGGCGUGGCCUGCUUUGCCCUGCGCCUCCUGCCAGAGGAGCUGGAGCAGAAACACGGCUACUCCCUGUACAUCAGAGGACGGGACGACCGCCCCGGAGAAGCGGCCCACGACGUCAUCUCUGCUGCGGUGCGCCAGUGCCGCCGGCUGCUUAUCGUCUUGUCGUCUGCCGGUAAAUCGAAGGAGACGGCGCAGUUCUGGGAGGAUCACAACCAGCUCACAUACGAGCAGAAAGUGGGCCUUCAUGACGCGCUGAUGCGAAACGAUCCUAAAGUUAUUCUGGUGGAAGUCGACGGUCCGGUGGACUACAGUCGGCUGCCGGAGUCACUGCGCUACCUCAAACGGACACAAGGAGCGCUGGAGUGGAAAAACUCGUUUGUUGAAACCAACAAACUGACUCAGAUGUACUUGAAAAGAAACUUUUGGAAGAGCCUGCGCCGUCACAUGCCAGCCGUUCCUGCAAGGAGGCCGCAGAGCAUCGCUUGAAGCGGUGAACAUACUUUCAUUUAUCCAGAAGGUUUAAAGAUGGCAUCCAUCAGAAUCUGCAGUUGUCAGAAGUCUCUCUUCUGAAGCCGUCCACACGCGGGGACUAAAACCUUUGAGUCGUCACCGUCAGGUGGAUUAUUUAUUUCAAACGACGUAUGCUUUUAUAAAGUAAAGGACAUUUCCUGAGCCGAGCUGUGUUACUUUUCUUGUCUUUGGUGUUGUUUUGAAGCAUCUCAGAUUUCUUUGACUCGAGCUGAACGCUCGUUGUGACAACAGAGUAUAGCUUUACUUGCUAUACUUGUUCCCAAACUGGACGCCAAUGAAGUCCAGAGAUUUGAGUUCCUCUUCACAAAUCGAAGCGAAUAAUAAAAAUUAUUAUGGAGCAUUUUUACAAUUAACAGCAUGCCAGUUGUUGCAAGGAUUCCUUGACAACGUUUUGGUAGUAAACGCUUUUUGUGUCGCUAACUGACUCAAACUGUCGCAUACGGUGAACUACCAGCUACUGUACAGUUUUUGCACAAAUUCUGUUACACUUAAUUGCUUCAGAAGAUGAAACGCAUUCAUUAAGAUAAGUUAAUACAUUUUAAAUACUCAGUUUUAUUUUUUCAAGCACAUUAGCAGUUCGAACCAACCUGGUUCCAGGGCCUUAUCACCAUGGUGGUGAUAAGUGCCAAUAAGCAUUUCUGAUAGCGAUCAAUGAGUCUUAACAUCGCUACGAGGGACAUUUGACCCACUGUUCUUUGCAGAAUUGUUUAAAUUUCAGCUACAUUGGAGGGUUUUCAGACACGAAUACUAUUUUUUGUCGUCAAGAGAUUACACCAAGUUGUCCACGUUACACACAUCUUGCAUAACUUUGAUAACGAAUCAGAUUUCUUUUUAAAAUAAAGUAGAACACCAUGCAACAGAAAUAAUUGUAAUAAUAAAAAGAGUGGGGCUAAUAAUAAUAAUAAUAAUAAUAAUAAUAAUAAUAAUAAUAAUAAUAAUAAUAAUAAUAUUUUACCUGUGUUUUAUUUUUUAUUUUUUUACUUACUGUUGGGUUAAUUACAAUAUUCUACACAAUGAGAAAUGUUUUAAGGUACAAAGUGUAUCCAUUUACGAGAAAGUUUUGGCUGAUUGUUGGUGGCAUUUAUUUUUCCAUCCUCAAAUAUAUUUCUCGUGUUAAGCCGUAGUAAUGAGUAGUGUGUUUAAAGCAGGGGUCUCAAACUCCAGUCCUCGAGGGCUGCAGUCCUGCAACGUUUAGAUGUGCCUCUGCUGCACCACUUGAAUGGAAUAAUUAGGUCAUUAGCAAGACUCUGGAGAACUGAUCGACACAAGCAGGAGGUCAUUAAGACAUUUCAUUCCAGUGUUUUGUAGCUGUGGCACAUCUAAAACCUGCAGGACAGCGACUGGAGGACUGGAGUUUGAGAAGCUUUUUAAGAUGAUGUCAAUGAAUUUCUUCCUCAUCUGCCCUCUUGCCUAACCAGAUGACCGCUUACCGUAUCGCUUUUUUUUUUUUUUUUUCCCCUCCAGGGGGUCUUUUUGUGGGCUCUAGUGUCCCUUAUUCAACAGUAGGCUGACAGGAAAGGGGGAAUCGAACCCGCGACGGCCGCGGCGAGGACUGAAGGCCUCCAAACGUGGGGCGCGCUAACCUCUACGCCACCGGAGCACGCCCCACCGUAUCGCUUUUUAACCACUUCCCUUUUUUUUUUUUUUUUUUUUUACUUUGCCCGUCUGGAGCAUCAUGUUUUCUUAAGGCGGGAUUAUGUUUUCUCCUCAGAAACAUAAAUGUUGGCAGAGUUAGAAUGCUUUUCCAAAUAUAUUCAAACUACAAUAUUUAAGAUGGAAACAGAGUGAUUUGAUUCUAUAUUUUCCACGUAUUUUUUUUGUUUGUUUUGUUUUUAUUUUGCCGAUGCAGGAAACAUGUGCAACAACAAUGUUUUUAAAGGGAUUUCGUCCAGGCAGACUUUAUGGCACUUUCAGCCACAUCUACAGCCGGAGCAGGUAACACCAGAUUGAGCUCAUUGUUUUGUAAAUAUUGACACUUUUAUGCAAAGUUGGGGCUUUUAAUGGACUUUCAAUACAACUUUGCAUUACAAGUGUCACUAUUUACCGUAUGACACUUCAUGACUACAGUUAGAAAGACUCCUUUAUGUUCAUGACAGCGUCAUGUCAGUCUUAUGAGUAACAUAGUUAAUGUUGUAUAGAAUUCCCAUUACAUCCAAGUUUGGGUUAAUGUGUAAUGGGUGAAACAGCACCCCCUCCUGGUGGUUGGUAGUGGUAGGUUCACUGAGUUAACGCUCUGGUAAAAUGUUAUGUUAGCUUGAUGCUAAAACAAAAUGCUAUUCUUCGUAAGGUGCUGUACCCGCGGUGAUUAACCUGAUCCCUGAUCAGUUCUUAUCCUGUUCCACACAGAUAAACAUCAUUUCAUCUCA